AUGUACAAAUUGAUCGGGCUGUUAUCACCAAACCAGAUGGUGCGCAGGUCAUCGUCGAUGCUGGGCCGCUACCAGCGCUACCGCUGCUACGCCGACACCCCCCACACGGACUUGACCAGUAAACAAGUUGUUGUACAAGGUAACGAAAAUGAGCAACGGGUGCGCGUGCGGCGCGCUCGGCCCUCGGACGUGCCGCGCGUGCUGCGGUUCGUGCGCGAGCAUGCGCGCUGGGCGUGGCCGAGCCUCGUGUCGGCGCCCGUCGCGCCCACCGCCGCCAGCCAGCUCGUGCUGGCCGACUACGUGUCCCGCGCGCUCGCACAAGGGCACACAAUGGUAGCGGAGCAGGUGGGCUCUCGUCGCGGCUGGCUGCAGGUGCGCGGGCUGGCGUUAGGGGCCGCCGUGUGUCCCUGGGACGCCGCCGUGCUGGAGCGCUGGGCCCGCUGCAUGCGCUGCGCGCGCAGCCGCCGCCUCAUGCACUUCACGGCGCACUGCCUCCGCGCACCCGGCCUACACGACAAAUACCGCGUGCAUAAUAUACUACAGGUGAUCAUGAUCCUUCCGCCGGACGCACAACACAAUCCAGAGAUUGUGCAGGUGUUGGCAAGAAGCGCCAUCCAACGCGGCCGAGAGGUCGGCUACCCGCUGCUGCGGUUCGACGUCACCAACGAACACGUGGCUCAAGCACUGGAAGGUUUACAGCUGACUAAAGAAUGGCAUAUGUCAUACGAUAUCAUGCCAGAAUCAAUGCAGGAGAAGGAGUCCGGCGCAUCGCCUGCAGCAGCCGUGCCCAACCCCAAGGAACGCAAGAUGAGCUUCAUCACAGUCUACACUUCCUUCACGUCACCCGAAAAUGUCAAAGUUUCAUAA